AUGGCACCGCCGGUUCAUGGGUCCGCCCUGGAUAGCCGACCGCCGACCGCUCGAGAGACGUCUCCGACGAGCGCUCAACGCAAUACCAGGCCUACGAAUGCAGCCAUCUCCCAUCAGCAGUUCGACGACCCUUCGGACAUUGGCGCUGGAUUAGCAGUUCCGCAGCGUGUCGAUCUGGGAUCUCCGUCGCGCACACCAUCCCAAGGACACCCGCGACGGACGACACCGACGGUUUCCAACUCUACGUCGGAACUGCCAUGCAUGAUGUGCCCGGCCCCAUCCAAAAUCAUCUGUGAGGGUUGCAACGCAGUCUACUAUUGCUCAACGAACUGUAGGGAUCAAGACGCGCUGGCCCACGCCCUUUUGUGCGGAGCAUGGGCAGCAGGGCAAGAGCGACCAGCGAAAUCUUUCCGUCGCGCCAUUUACUUCCCGGACAGCGCUGCCGACGGCAAUGUUCAAUUCGUAUGGCUAAAGUUCUGGGAAAACAAAACGCAGGACGACAUCGAUUACGAGACGCCUAUCUUGGCGAGCUACUUCGCAGGCUUCCCAGAAGAGCAGAGGCGCAUACAUUCCAUUACGGAGACCAGCGUCCUGAGUCGAGAUCUGGAGCGAACUAUAAAGAUUGUCGUUUGCGCGGACCAGUCCAGUCGUGUCCCGAAGAAUGACUGUAUCGCGCGUCUCGUUGACAAUAGAUUUGCCCGGAUAUGGAGAGGUCCAGUUCUGGCUUUUGGCGCAAAUGAUGUCGACGAACUUUCUAUGAAGUCUGAGGAUCUAGAUAUCAGCGAUUAUCGUCAUAUCUUGGACUUCCUCAACACGUACCAGAGCACCGCUUUGGCCAAAGACAUGCGGUACUUUGGAAGGACAGUGUGUGGGGUCAAAAUCAAUUGCAACGGCGAUCUGAAGAAGGACAUGGCGUUGGAGGCUCUUAAAGGCCAUCUUCUCUUCGAAAAUGUGCGUGUUCCUCUGUCUCACCGUCUUUUCCAGUCCAACAAGCUCCUGCCCAUCCCCGAGAGGAUGGAGAUCCCUAUCGCGUCAGCGCGAUACCCACGGAAGCCUGCAUUCGAGGAAUACUUCAGGGCGCACCGCGAUGCACCGUACCGGACCCGCUGCAAAGACGAUUACAACCAAGCUUCGCGGGAUCUCCAUGAGGAAUGGUUACUUGAGACAGACCGGCGAAACGCCCCAAGUCCUGCACAAUCGUACGAUCAUGCUCCCCCAGGGCCAUACUACUGCGGCUCGAUGAUCCUGGCGCGCACAGACGAGAAGCCUUUGGAUGCACUGCAUGUGGAAGCGCUGUGGCGCUACAACAGGUACUGGCUCGAGCCUAAGAUGACGCGAGUAUCGAGCAUCCACGACGAUCGGGAUACCGCUCUAGUGGACCAAGAGAUCACAGUCGACAAGUUCAAUCUAUAUUACCAACACUUUCUGACCGUCAAGUCGGAUAAGGACCGCAAGACCCCCUCGCCGUACGAUGUAAAGAAACGCCAUGGCAGUCUUAAGCGAAAACUGGUGCAAGAACCGCCGUCGUUGUUCCGAAAGAGGCCGAAGUAUGAGUGGGAGUGGUCGAGCGACGGAGACGUCUCCGACGGCAGCGAGGACGAGGAGUGA